AUGAAUCGCGGCCGAAAAAUAGCCGCUAUGGUUACUCAAAAUGAAGUCAAUACACAGAUGCCGAUAAAUAAAGACGCCAAUAUAGGUAAAUUAGAAAAUUGGAUCGAUACUGGCAAUGGAAUCGAGUUUGACACCAACCGAUUAAAUGUUAUUUAUAUAGAUGAUUAUGAUAUGGUAAUUGAUACAUUUAAUUUUGAUGAGUUAGUUGAAAAUAAUACAUCAUUCAAUAACAAUAAUAUUGAUAUUACAACAACACAAUUGAAUAGUUUUGUUGAUGUAGUAGAAAACAACCAUGUCUUGUAUGACACAGAUAAAAAUAAUAUUAAUAAUAUUAUAUUGAAUGAAGGAAUUAAUGAAUGUCCAAUAUUGAUAAAUAAUUCUCAAAGUGAUAUCAUAAGUGGAGCAAUUGAAACCCCAAUUUUAUCAGAAUCUGAAAUUGAUUACAACCUUGAUGUACAGUUAAAUGAUGGACUAAGACAAGUGAAAUACCAAUCCCAAAAAAAUAGGUUAGCUGGAAAGGAAUAUAUUGGUUUUAAAAUGGUGAAUGGAAAAAUUUCUCAAAGUGUUCCUAUAGGAAAAAGAGUAAUAAAGGAUAGGUGUAAUCAUUCACUUGUAAACCAAAAAAGUUCCAAUAGUUUUAUGUGUGGUUUAUUUUCUGAUGAGGACCGAAAAAAUGCUUUCAAAUUCUUUUGGAAAAUUAAAACAUGGCAAGAAAAACGAGGUUAUGUAAGAGGUCUUGUAACUAAUCGUCCAAUUACCCGAAGGAGAAAAAUAAAUAAAUCAGAUAAAGUUAGGAAAAUUGAGAGUCGAGAUAUACGGUUGUGUUUAACUAAUGGACAACAAUUGAAGGUAUGUCGAAAAAUGUUUUUGAACACUUUAAGUAUUGGUGAAGAUUGCUUCAAACGGUGGACUAAAAAGAUAAAUAAUGUAUCAAAUUCAAAUUCAUCAGACUCAGAACAUGAUCCUGAACCAAUUUCACUAACUCCUAGUCCAAGAGUUCUAAAAAAACAAAAUGACAUUAUUCAUAUUAAAGAUUGGUUACAUUUAUUGCCAAAAGUCCCUAGUCACUACUGUCGUCAAUCAACUUCAAAAAUAUAUGUUGAAUCAAAUUUUGUAUCUAUAGAAAGUAUGUUCAAUGUGUUUAAAGAAUGGUGUGUUAGUGAAAAUAUAACCCCAGCUUCAUGCACUCUAUUUCGUGAAACUUUAAAUGCUAACAAUAUAAAAAUUCAUCAACCUCGAAAAGAUCAGUGUGAUCUAUGUAUUGGUUAUAAGAUGGGCACUAUACUAGAAGCUGAAUAUAAUGAACACAUAGAAAGAAAGAAUAGUGCAAGAGAAGAAAAAAAUAAACAUAAAUCAAUAGUUUCUAACAAUAAGGUAGUUAUAACUAUGGAUUUAGAGAGUGUUCUGCUGUGUCCAAAAACUGAAGCCUCAGCUAUGUUCUAUAAGCAAAAGUUACAACUACACAAUUUUACAGUUUAUAAACUAAAUGACCAUGAUGUGACAUUGUAUGUAUGGAAUGAAUCAGAUGGUAAUGUGACAGCCAAUGAGUUCACAACCUGUAUAAUUAACUAUAUUGACAAUCUUCCAAGUGAAGUGACAGAAGUUGUUUUAAUAUCUGAUGGCUGUAAUUACCAAAACAGAAACAAAACAUUGGCAAGUGCAUUAAGUUCUUUGGCUUUAGCUAAAUGCAUUACGAUUGAACAAUUAUUCUUAACUAAAGGACACACUAUGAUGGAGGCUGAUAAUGUUCACUCAACCCUCGAACAUUAUUUUAAGGGACCAUUAUACUCUCCUGGUGACUACAUUAGUAGAAUGCGAAUAGCAAGGAAAAAACAACCCUAUAACAUAAAAGUUAUUGAUUAUUCGUUUUUUAAGAAUUAUGAUGCUGUAUGUUCCCUGAAAUCACUGAGACCAGGAAAGAAAGCAGGUGAUAAAACUGUGACAAAUAUAUGUAAACUUUUGUAUACAAAAGGGGAAAUUUUUUAUAAAACUUCUUUUGACAAUGACUGGGCCAUUUUACAUGAACAAAAUAAGACUAGUAAGAGAACUAGGGCAUCCAUAAAAAAUGUACACAUACCUGAACAAGUCGAACUAAGUCAAUUAUACAAUGCGCCAUUACCAAUAUCUAGUAGUAAAUAUUAUGACUUGCAAUCUCUUAAACAAGUUAUUGAAAAGGACCACCAUCCAUUUUAUGAUAGCUUGAAACAUUCAGAUAUCACAAAAAAAAAAAAAAAUGUAACUAAAGUUCCUGAUUUUGAAAGCCUUUUUAAUUUUUAA